CUUCCGGUGGCGAGGGCUUCCCCGGAAGAUGCGGAGCUCAGCUGUUCUGCCCGCGGGAAAAGGAAGGGCGGAAGCGGCGCUCUCGGAGGGGAAGGUGUGACCAGGCAAACACUAUAGAGUUCUAAGGAUGGUGCGGAUUUUGGCCAAUGGAGAUAUUGUACAAGAUGACGAUCCUCGAGUGAGGCAGAGCACUCAGAACAGGGAUAACUUCCCCCGACCAGCCUUUUUCAACAUGAUGACUAAUGCAGGUCCUGCUCCACAACAACAUUAUCAGCAACAGCAGCAGCAUCACCAUCAGCAGCAGCAGGGUGCAAGGCCAGGGGAGCGUUCACCAUUUUCAGACAUCAAUCAACAGUUGGUGAACAUGGGCUUCCCAACGUGGAACCUUGGCAACCAGGUGGUGGAACCAAUCAUGUCCAUCUUAUUGCUGUUUCUCCUCAUGAUGGUUGGGGUGCGUGGCUUGCUCUUAGUGGGCCUCAUCUACGUUGUUUCCCAAUUAAGCCAGCGAUGACAAGGACUUCUGUAUGGGCCGUGAUUGCUGCUCGACAGAAAGAGAGACAGAUUUUCUUGGUGUGUGUGUGUGAGUAUGAGUGUGAUUGUGUGAAAGAAUGAGAAUGGAGGAGAGAAAAAUGGAAAGUAUGGGUCAUGUGCCCCCAUUAUGAGUGUGCUUGCUCAUGUAUAUUCUUUCCCCCAAAAUCUUCAGGAAUUAAACUUGUUGGGAACAGAUCUGACCAUUGUGGCAUGUGAAGUCAUAAGAGUUUCAUUUUCCCCACCCUGGUUGCCUCCUGCUGAAGUGUGAAACCUGGCUUUGUCAGUGGCACAAGGCACUCUGUCAGAAGUAUGAGAUUUAUUUUGCUGUUCUAGAUAGAGCAAAUGCAGUGGUGGUCUUGGGUGGAGGAGAUGAGAUGAAGCUAGGAGUGGGGAAUUGAAAGGACCACAACUAGAUCUCUUUAAGAGCUAUUACCUAACAUGUCGAAAGGCACUUUUUCCCCCUAUAUGACAUAGAUAUGGGGAGGAUUGUGAAAAUUAGACAACAGCAGAAGGUUUAAAGCAAGGAUAUAAGUGCCACAUUUGUACAGAUUGCUUAAAAUGGGCUGGUGUUUGAAGAGUGAUUUUGUAAAUCAAGGUUCCAUAUUGGGAUCAAUCACAACAUCGAAAUCCCAUCACAGUAAUGAAAGAGGCUUGCAUUCAUGGAAACAUCCUUGGCCAUGCCCCUCUCCUCCAUACAGUAUUUGUUGGAGAGAUCUCUGGACUUAAGUUGAAUCAGUGUUUGUGAGGAAGAGUCAUUUUGAGAACUGGUGCCUCCAUGUGGAAGCUGUCUGCAUAGCUCUUAUGUGUACACUCCCCUUGUAGGAGGCCUUGGUUCUUGCCAAUAAUGUCUGAAUGAGUGCUUGUUCAAAGGCAGCUUCUUGGGUGCUCAUAUGGGGGUGCCCUAAGUGUGAACCUGUAUUAUAAUAUCCUUUGGGUGUGUGUAUGUGUGUGUGGUUUAAUCUUGCUGUACUGUCUUACAGCACAGUGAACAUGUGUGAAAUUGUUCUUGCUUCUCCUAAUAAACUGAAUGAAUGGAA